ACAACGGAAUCAAAAUAAUCCUUAACUAACUUAUUACUAUCUUAAAUAAUAACAAAUAAUUACAAAAUCAUACAUGAAAUAAGAAAAAAUCUAUAAUCAACAGUCUGAUGGCUCCUUUCCCCUCGCAAAGGUCAAAUCGCAUCCCAGCCGACAAAACAUUGUGCUGGCGAAGAGGCCAACAGAUGGGCUUAUUAUUGCCAUAGUUGGUCCGUUGGAGCUCAACCACAAAGGGUGCAUGGGUCCUUAGGCUCCUUGCAGGCGGUCUCAAGCCAAUCCUACUAAGCAAGUCAGGGCAAUCUAUGUUACCCACUACGAGGUUAUAGAUAUAUAUGUGAGCAGAAAUGGUCCUUCGAUACUCGAGGGAGGAGAGAUGCACGAGGCGAAAUCUGCGCACUUUCUGGAUAAGAUCCCAGGCUUUUCGGCUCUGGCGUUCGGCUACCGCCGCAUCAUCAUGAGCCAGCCAUGACACCGAAUCAAACGAUGGGCUACAGCUUCAAAACGCAGGACUUAUGUACCCUUCGCUUUGCCAUUAACCGAGUCGUUUCCGACUUCCCACUGCCAAAAGUCGUCCUAUUCAAGCAUUACCGAGGCUGGUUCGAGACAGACCGAGUCCAAUCCCAGCCAGACAGAAUCGUAUCCCAGCAGGGCAGAAGCGCACCCCUUGCAAGAUCCGAACCCAACAAGCCAUCGUCAUCCUUCGACCUGGCCAUCGACAACAAGGACUUUCCCUAUGGCAACCAAGGGAGGGGCUACGCGGGCUACUAGACUCUAGAUAGAUCUCGUUUUUCUUAAGUUUAAGGAUAUACGCGUACAUAUAUUUAAAUAGUAGAUACAUAUCUUUUCCACUUGU